AUUUUUUUCAGUUGUCAUUUAGAAAUGAAGAUUAAUACAUGUAUUUUUUAUUAUUUUUAAUUACACAAAGCAGUGAAAACAUUAACGACUAAGAAAUUAAAACAUUUGCAACAAACAUAUCAUAUAACAAGGAAUUAUGAAAAUAGUGUUUAUUGGAUAAAGUUCCAUAUUUUUUCGUGUACAAUGGGCCGUUUCCUGUCGCGGGAUAAAUUGGAAGGUUUUGAAAAAUACAAGUAUAAUUCCAUCGACACGAGUAUACUUAGCAAUUAUGUUAUGCACCCAUUUUGGAACUGGUGUGUACAGUAUUGUCCACCAUGGGUAGCACCAAACCUGCUAACAUUCACUGGCUUUCUACUGACAGUCUUAAAUUUCCUGCUAUUCUCCUACUAUGAUUAUGGAUUCCAUGCCCUCACAGAAGAAAAUAUAACUGGAGACAGUAUACCUUGGUGGGUGUGGGCUGUGUCAGCUGUGAACAUUUUUGUUGCAUAUACUUUAGAUGGUAUCGACGGAAAGCAGGCUCGACGCACAGGGACCAGCGGACCGCUGGGAGAACUUUUUGAUCAUGGCUUGGACUCGUAUUCCACUGUUCUUAUACCCACAUGCCUAUACAGUAUAUUUGGAAGAGACGAAUUAAGCCCUUUGAGAUUUUUCUUCGUGAUUUGGAACAUAUUCAUUAACUUCUACCUCACUCACUGGGAGAAGUACAACACAGGAGUUAUGUUUCUACCAUGGGGAUACGAUUUCACAAUGAUUGGCUCCUGUCUUUUAUUAUUGGUGACGUCAGUGAUCGGACCCGAAGCCUGGCACGUUACUCUUCCGGGUGGCAUCACGCCUGGUAUCGUUUUCGAGAUAAUCCUCUACUUUUCCGCUAUGCUUACGAGUCAAACUGUAAUAUUAUGGAAUAUUUACAAGUCAUAUCGAGAUCGAACCGGUAAGAUGCGUACGUUCACGGAAGCUAUGCGGCCGUUGGUCCCAGUAGUGAUUUUCUUCGCGUUGAGCACAAUUUGGGCCCUGUAUUCGCCCACGGAUAUCGUCAAUCGUGGACCGCGACUCUUCUACAUUCUCACUGGAACUAUAUUCUCUAACAUUAAUUGUCGGCUGAUCGUGUCGCAAAUGAGCGAUACGAGAUGCGAAGCGUUCAAUGGACUUCUAAUACCGUACGCUCUGGUGAUGGGAAUCGUGUUCUAUUUCCACGUGUCGCCCAUGACGGAGCUUCUGCUACUCGCCGUGCUGUGCUUAGCGUGUUCUAUUGCUCAUAUCUAUUAUGGAACUAAAGUUGUACAAGAGAUGUGUGAGCAUUUCAAAAUAAAUUGUUUCCACAUAAAACCAAAGAUAAAAUAAGUAAUUUUCAAUUAUAAGAAUUUUAUUUUAUAAGGCGAUUAGAGCCUAUAUACGAGCUCUCCUAUAUUUAUACUCUCUAUACUGAUAGAGAUCUGACUAAGUAAUUAUUUAUUAUUUUAGGCCAGGGUAACCAUUUAAUAUUAUACUUUAGUCCAAUAUGUGAUCGAUAUUAAUGGAAAUUUACAAGUAAUGAAAUUAGUAAUUUUUAAAAACCAUAGAAUGGAUUGUUUAAGAUAAUCAUCAGAAUAGGUUGUAAAUUAUAUGACGUAACGUAGCAUUUGAUAUUUUUUUAAUUAUGUUAAAGCUGGUAAUUAGCUAUAGUAUUGUCAUCUGAUAUAUAGUGUCAUGCAUGUUAUAGUCGAUCCAUAGUUCAAGUAAAAUAAAAUAUCCUACCAUUCUAUAUAUUAGUGCAAUUUAAUGUAAUUUACAAAAUGAAUUACAUUUUUUCCAAAUAAAAUUUUAUAUUUCUUGAACUAUGUAAUAUGUAUUUACUCUACAUUGACGACACCCAUAAUCUUGAAUCAAUUAGUCUUGCGUUUAAAUUUAAUGAUAAUUAUCUAUUUGGGAAUCUAUUUUUAUAAAAGUCAAUAAAUUAUAUAAAAAAACCUUUGUUCAUAUAGUGACAAAAUCGUGGUGUUAUUGUGGUAUUUUAAAAAAUCUUACGUUAUAGUCCACUGUUAAUUGGUAGCCACUUAGUGAGACACGAAUUGCAAAUUCUGCCAGUGGAAAGUCAUAAAGUGUAUGCUAUUUGGUAUUAUGAAUUAUUUUAUACCACGAAUUUGUUGGAGAUUUUAUACAGUGUGGAAUAUUGACUAUUCCUUAACAUUAAAAUUGAACCAGAUGUAAGCGAGUCGUACUACCUACCGAUUGAAAUUACGCUCUUUGUCAAUUUCUUUAAGUAAAUAUUACUACUAUAUUGCUAGAAUUUGCACAUAGUACAAAUGGUGUCGUAUUUCCUUUAACAAUUAAAUUUUAAAACAUCAUGACACUUCUUAAGACUAUAAAAUGCAUUUAUAUCGUAUUGAGUAUCGUAUAUAGUAUUACAAAUCACAGCUCACGAAUUUUUAUAUAUAUAUAUUUUUAAUUACGAAAUACUUGCUUAAUAAUAACCAUUAAUGGCAAAUAAUUUGUAUUGUUAAUAUGAAAAUAUAUACAAUAAUUAUGGCAUAAUUCUUAUUUUUUUAGUGUCACACUUUUGUGCUAUACAAAAUAAAUGUUCAGAAUGAAAAUUUAAAAAUAAACGGUUAUCUCUACUUCUGAUAUUGCCAAUAUUGUCAAGUUAAAGUAACUUCAUGUAGACAAGUUUGACAUUAUAAUUGUAUGCUACAGCGUCAAAUUAUUACUUUUUUCACUUGGGUAUUUUUUCUCAUGAUUAAUAUCUAUAGUCAUAUAAUUAUGGAUUUGUUAUGUUUACUUAGUCGAUAUUUAUUUUAUUGUGAGAGAGGGUCCCUGAUCAUGUGCUGAAUGCUCUAAGGCUUCUAAAAAUACAUUAUUUUAAAACCUUUCCUAAACUUGCCAAUCUAAUAUGUAUUUAGAUAAAUAUUAAAGAUAAGUUAGUCAAUUAUUUUAUUAAAAAAUAGCCUUAUAAGUUACACAAAAGUUACUAGUACUACCUAGUCAUGCAUUAAUAAUACAUCGUCAUCGCCAUAACGAUAUCUGAUAUCAAAUAUUUUAAACAGGGAUUGAAAAAUGUAAUUUUUAAAUAAUUAGUUUUAUAUUAUGUGGCCAGGUGUGAAAAUAUAUACUAAAAAUCAAUGUAUACUACUUAAAUCUUUCAUUACAUAAAAUGUUUCAAAUUUUAUUUUUUAUAUUAUAUAUCAAGUAUGUAGUAAUUUGUAAAUAAUUUUGGUAAUGCAGUUUACAUUCUAAUAUCUAUUACACUAUGAACUACGACACUCAAAAUUUGUAAUAAUAUUAUAAAACAUUUUAUAAUUAUUAUAAUUUUAUUUAAUAAUGUAAUAACUACUAGAAUUGUAAAUUAGACUUGAUGUUUAUGGUUAUUACUGUGUUAAAUAUUAUUCAUAAUGGCAUUAUAAAAAAUUUUAACCCAUUUUAUCUUAAUAAAAUAAAUUCAAGUUCUAUUAAUAAUAAAUGAUAUUAUUUAUUUAUUACAAUUUCUGUAAUCAUUAUGCGACUAUAGAAAUUUUAACAAUUUUAUUAAAUAUGAUGCUUAAUAUAUCAUGUGACUACCAUUUGUUUAGGUAACUAAAAAGAAUCUUUACAUAUUUCUACUAUUUCAGUUUGAAGGAUAAUAUAACUGAAUCUUUGCUUAUUCCAAAUUGUAUAUAGUAUUUUAUUUCAAGACUUUAUCAUCCUUAUUAAUGUUAUAAAUAUUAAAGUUAGUUUAUUGUUACCUCUUGGUGUGUAAGUCAUAGAUUACAUUUUAUCCCAGUCAAUCAACAUAUCCUAGUUACGCGGACAAUGUUGAUUUUUUUUUAUUAAAUUAAAAUGUCAUUUGAAUAAAUCCAAGUCUUAUAACUUUUAAAGAUAAAACAGCAUUUCUUACUCUUUCAAAAACUAGGUUAUGCCGAGUUCUAAAAAUCGUAAUGUCAAAUACGCAAUCAGAUUAUAUGCAUUACUAUAAACUUAAAUAUAUAUUCCAGUCCUUGAUUAUGACGCCAAAGAAUCUUAUAGUUUGGCGCCUACACGUAGGUAGGUAUCUUCGUGUAUAGUAAUAUAAUUUCAUAAUUUACUUUGACAUAGUGUCAUCAGUAACAUAUAUAUAAAAUUUUAGUCGACAAAAACAGGUUACAAAGUUUUAUCUGGAAAACAAAAAUAGGAAUAGGUAUGUUAUUUACUUAUUUUGGUAGAUACGGGCUUCUUAAUUUAUCGAGUAUCUACCAAAAAACUAUAGAUUAGAUUAUCAUUUUUAACGACGUAACUGUGUGCGCAGGGCGCAUGUAAAAAAAAUUGUUAAAGAAGUCAAUCACAGUUGCAAAAUAUUAUAAAACAAGUAAAACUUGUAAGAAUAUUUAGAACACCAUAAUUUUAAAAAUUAUUUUCUACUUAAUAUAUUAAUUUAUGCAGUUUGUUUUCAUAUUCAUAUAAAUAUGAAAUUAUCUUUCAGAUAAACCUAAUGGAAUUUGUUAACGAAAUGUUUGAUAUAAAUUACAAAAGGGAAUACAUCUCUUAUCCAGUGCAACAUAGUUAACAUAAUAAGCUCAUACUUUUUACCACAUACCCUGUAAAAUAACAAUGUUCCAUUCCAAUUAUUACUUACGUCAUAGUACCACAUGAGUGAAUUUGUACAAACUUUUCGAAUAGGUAUCAAUGCCAUUAAUAAUAUUAGCCAUAUUUUUGUACGUUUUUAAACUAUUGUAAUAGUAUUUACUUAGUAUAUAAUGUUUUGCAUGCGUCUUCUUCGAACAUGUUAGUGUAUACAGUAACAUGUAGGUAUACAGUAGUGUACUAUCGUAAUUUAAUAAAAGAAUAUGCAAAUUGUACACCUCAUAA